UCAGCAGAAGAAUAUUAGACCUCACCUUGGAGAUCAUCUCCCUGCUGAGCGGAGAGGAUUACACCAUAGUGAAGAAGACAUCGGGGGGGACUCCCAUCAUCCAUGAGUCAGGAGACUGGAGCAGGAUCCCCAUCACAGAGCCUCCCCCCCUGAUACAUGAGCAGAAGAUCCUAGAACUCACCCACAAGAUGAUGGAGCUGCUGACUGGAGAGGUUUCUAUAGGUUGUCAGGAUGUGGCUGCCUCUGUCUUCAUGGAGGAGUGGGAGUACAUAGAAGGACAUGAGGAUCUGUACGAGGACGCCAUGAUGAAGGCUCCCCGGCCUCUGACAUCACCAGAUUCUCAUUCCAAGAGGAGAACUCCCCCCAAGAGAUGUCCCCGUCCUCUGUAUUCCCAGAACUGUCCAGAGGAGAAGCUGCCAGAGAACUAUCAGGAUGAAAAUCUGAUUGAUAUUAAGGUUGAGGUUAAAGAAGAAGCAAAAGAGGAGACGGAUUUAUGGGGCGAUCAGCAGUAUGGACUCUUAGAAAGAAACCCCCCCGAGAGAUGUCUCCGUCCUCUGUAUUCCCAGGACUGUCCAGAGGAGAAGCUCCCAGAGAACCAUCAGGAUGAAAAUCCGAUGUAUAUUAAGGUUGUGGUUAAAGAUGAACCAGAAGAGGAGACUGAUUUAUGGGGCGAUCAGCAGAAUGGAAUCAUAGAAGGAAAUCCCCCCGAGAGCUGUCCCCGUCCUCUGUAUUCCCAGGACUGUCCAGAGGAGAAGCUCCCAGAGAACCAUCAGGUUGAGGUUAUGGAAGAAGCAGAAGUGAAGAUGGAUUUAUGGGGCGAUCAUCAGUAUGCACUCAGAGAAAGAAAUCCCCCCGAGAGUUGUCCUCGUCCUCUGUAUUCCCAGGACUGUCCAGAGGAGAAGCCCCCAGAGAACCAUCAGAUGACAAAUCAGGGGGAAGAUCUGACUGAUAUUAAAGUGGAGGAUGAAGAAAAGCGGUUGAUGGGCGAUCCCCUGUGUAAGAGUGAGGUGGAGGAGGACAUUCCAGUCCAUGUGACCACAGAAAAUUCCAAUAAGAAAUCUGAUGGAAGGUUUAUGUUAUCACCAGAUUAUAAAGUAGAAGAUGAAGAUAUCGGGCAGUGCUCUUUAGGAGAAAACCUCAUUACCCAUAAUGUCCAUCCAAGACUUCACAGUACAGAUCUAUCAUAUAAUGCUCCUGGGCAGAAAGAUGGUCACUAUGGUAAAUUUGGAAAACCGUUAACAUAUAGCUCAACAAUUUUUGGGCACAGAAGAGUUGACACAGAAGAGAAGUCGUAUUCCUGUUCAGAAUGUGGGAAAUAUUUCGUAUAUAAAUCACAUCUUGUUAACCACGAGAAAAUUCACACAAAAGAGAAGCCCUAUUCAUGUUCAGAAUGUGGGAAAUGUUUUAAAAAUAAAUCAAGCUGCUUCAAACAUGAAAGAAUUCACAGAGGGGAAAAGCCAUUUCCAUGUUUUGAUUGUGGAAAAUGUCUUGCUAGUAAAUCAAGUCUUAUUAUACAUAAGAAGAUUCACACAGGAGAGAAGCCAUUUUCAUGUUCAGAAUGUGAGAAAUGCUUUAUAAAUAAAGCAGACCUUGUUAUACAUGAGAGAAGUCACACAGGAGAGAAACCAUAUUUGUGUAAACAGUGUGGCAAAUCUUUUACAUGUAAAUCAAAUAUUGUGAAACAUGAGCGAAUUCACACAGGAGAGAAGCUAUUCUCAUGUUCAGAAUGUGAGAAAUGCUUUAUAUAUAAAUCAAAUCUUGUUGAACAUCAGAGAUCUCACACAGGAGAGAAGCCAUAUUCAUGCUCAGAAUGCGGGAAAAGUUUUAUAAAUAAAUCACAUCUUGUUAGACAUGAGCGAAUUCACACAGGAGAGAAGCCAUUUUCAUGCUCAAAAUGUGGGAAAUGUUUUACAAAUAAAUCAAGUCUUGUUGUACAUCAGAGAUAUCACACAGGAGAGAAGCCAUAUUCAUGCUCAAAAUGUGGGAAAUGUUUUAAAGAAAAUUUUUAUCUUGUUUUACAUGAGCAAGAUCACACAGUACAGAAGCCAUUUUCAUGUUCAGAAUGUGAGAAAUCCUUUCUAGAUAAAUCAGCUCUUGUUAUACAUCAGAGAUGUAAAUCUGAAGGGGCUGAGAACGAUGUAAGGAAACGCAAGACGACAUCGGGGUUUUACUUUACACACAAGGCCGCUCUAGUUGUGUUACCUCCACAGAACAGGGACCACAUGAAGGUUUCCUGA